CUUCUUUCAAAUCUGAUAGCAGCAGAGAAGAAAAACACAAACUCAACAGUUGAAUGGAAAAAAUAAACAGAAUGGCAAAAUGGGAAUUAUUAUUUUCUUGGUGAAGAAAUCAAAAUUCAGACUAUCUCAAGGUUUUGAAGAUUUUGUAGAAGUUUAAGCUUGAGACUCAUUUAGUUUUGAUGGGAAGUUGUCGUCUUAGUUUUACAAUAUGGAUUUCUUAUAUCAUUUUCAAAAGUUAUGUCACGUUGAAAUGAGAAGAUCGAUUUUAGCUGUGGGGAUUGUACUAGCUAUUGUAUUAGUAUAUCAAUCUUCAACUCUCCCUGAUGGGAAUGCUUUAUUCUCGUUAUUUUCCUUUGGUAAGAAUUCAUUGUCAAUUGGGAGAAAUAGUUCAUUGGUAGAAGAUUCUUCGAUGGUUGGUAAUAACUCAAAGGCGAUGAAUUCUUUGAUAGUUUUAGAGGGGUUAAAUAAUACUGAGGUUUCUGUAUUGGGGAACAAUGCUCAUCUCGUAAACGGAACUAAAGGAAUGGAUGGAAGCAUAAAGAAUGUCUUUGAACAGCCAAUUAGAGGUGAUAGUUCAGUUAAUGGUACUUCAAGUGAGAAUGUUGUAGUUGUAGAUAAUAACGAUACCGGAUUGGGGAAUGCCACAACUCAAGAUACUGGUUAUAGUCUAGAUAAGGGAAGAGAACCUGAAGCCGCCCUUGCUCCGAUGCAAGUUAAUGGAUUAGAUGAAAAUUCUUCAAUUGGAAGAGGUCAACGAUCAGAUUCUGGAUUUACAGUAGGGAAUGUUGGAGCUCCAGAAGUUAGUGCUUUAUCUAUACCACCUGCAGUAUCGCCGACAUUGUCUGGUUUUACAGAAGGGAAUGUUGGAGCUCCAGAAGUUAGUGCUUUAUCUAUACCACCUGCAGUAUCGCCGACAUUGUCUGGUUUUACAGAAGGGAAUGUUGGAGAUCCAGAAGUUAGCGUUUUAUCUAUACCACCUGCAGUAUCGCCGACAUUGUCUUUGAAUAGCUUGACUGUGCCGAGGGAUAUAGAAGGAAAUUCAAGCACUUCAAAGGACAAACAGGCAACUCAAAUGCAUUCUGCUAAUAAAAGUUCAUUGCAAUCGAGUACUAGUUUGGUUACUUCAGAUAUUAACCUUACAAAGAUUCAUGAAGCCAACAUCAAGAAAGGAUGGGCACCACGGACAUCUUUGUCUAAGAUGUACAGUUUAUUGCUUCAGAGUCGUAAUUCUUCUCACUCAGUGUAGAAACCACAAUGGCCUUCAAAAUGUGAUGAUGAACUUCUCUCUGCAAAAACACAAAUCGAGAAUUCUCCGAUUAUAAAGGAAGAUAAAGAUCUUGACCCCUACAUUUAUCGAAAUUUUUCGAGAUUCAAAAG